GAAAGUGUGGGGCACUGACUGCUUGUAUUGGUGAGCGUUCACCUCUCAACAGAAAGGGGAGCAUUUUAUGCUCCUUUAGAGAGAUUUUGCUCUCCUUUAGAGACAUUGGGGGAAAGCUACUGCAUGAUAUAGGUGCACGCUCCUCUCCUGUAGCAGUUAUGUCGCAUUCAGUUUGCUUUAAUUCUGGCAUAUUCGGCUGACCUGUCAUCUGUUUCUUCAACAAAUUUAAUAGGAACUUUACUCUGUGAAGCUAGUAAUUCUGUCUGGAAAUCCUGCUCUUCAGAACUUCAUGGCUUUGACUUGGGUGCUUUACCUUGAGGUGGCUGUCGUAAUUUCUGCUCCCAGCUGUCCUCCGUGAUCUCUGAGGUUUCUGCCCCUGCUCCAGAAGGCCUCAGCUCCCCAAGCAGCUGCUGCAUUGUUACUGUGCCACACUGGAGCGUUAGGGUAGCAUGAAGUAUGUGCUGUGUAACCCUAACGGGCAGGGAUGUCAGCUGUGGCAUUUCAGCUGCCUCGUAAGUAUCAGAGCUGUCCUUGCCCUGUAAGCAGGAAUCUGAGAGAGGGGCAGGAACUAAGCGAUCUCUUUCAAGGAGAUGUGCGAGUAAGAAGUCGGGCAGGAUUUGAAACAGAGAGAAGAGGUUCUCAUCCAUACAUUGAUUUCCGUAUUUUUCACUCAAAUUCUGAAAUCGAGGUCUCUGUGUCUGCAAGAAAUGUGAGAAGGUUGCUUAGUUUCCAGCGAUACCUGAGAUCUUCCCGUUUUUUCCGUGGUAUCACUGUUCCAAAUUCUUCAAACAUUUUAGAUGAUGAUUAUAAUGGACAAGCAAAGUGUAUGCUGGAGAAGGUUGGAAAUUGGAAUUUUGAUAUUUUUCUUUUUGAUAGACUGACAAAUGGAAACAGUCUAGUCAGCUUAACCUUUCAUCUGUUUAAUCUUCAUGGACUAAUUGAACACUUCCAGUUAGAUACGAUGAAACUUCGUAGAUUUUUGGUUAUGGUUCAAGAAGAUUAUCACAGUCAAAACCCUUAUCAUAAUGCAGUUCAUGCUGCUGAUGUGACUCAGGCCAUGCACUGUUACUUAAAAGAGCCCAAGCUUUCCAGAUCUUUAACUCCAUGGGAUGUUCUGCUCAGUUUAAUAGCAGCUGCCACACAUGACUUGGAUCACCCAGGCGUUAACCAACCUUUCCUAAUUAAAACAAACCAUUAUUUAGCAACUUUAUAUAAGAAUACCUCAGUAUUAGAGAACCAUCACUGGAGAUCGGCAGUGGGGUUGCUGAGAGAGUCUGGUUUAUUUGCACAUAUGUCAUUAGAAAACAGGCAGCUGAUGGAAAGCCAAAUAGGCGAUCUCAUUCUUGCCACAGACAUCAGUCAGCAAAAUGAGUAUUUGUCCAUGUUUCGAUCGCAUUUGGAUAGAGGAGACCUAUGUUUAGAGAACGCAAACCAUCGGCACUUCGUUUUACAGAUGGCUUUGAAAUGUGCAGAUAUUUGUAACCCGUGUCGGACGUGGGAGCUGAGCAAGCAGUGGAGUGAAAAAGUAACAGAGGAGUUCUUCCAUCAAGGUGAUAUUGAAAAAAAAUACCACUUGGGUGUGAGUCCACUUUGUGACCGACAGACAGAAACUAUUGCCAACAUCCAGAUUGGUUUCAUGACCUACUUAGUGGAACCUCUGUUUGGGGAAUGGGCCCGGUUUUCCAACACCAGGCUGUCACAGACCAUGCUUGGCCACCUGGGACUGAACAAGGCAAGCUGGAAGGGAGUGCAGAGGGAACAGUCUGGCAGCGGUGACGAUGUUGACCCUACUUUUGAGGAAAUGGACUCAGACAUAUUACCUCAGGAACCUCGAUUGUCCUGACCUCAGUCCCCGUGACAAAACUGCCUCUUCUAUUGGUAUCUGCACGGUUGGAUUACAGGAGAUACGUGCCAGCCCAAGGUUUUGGUAAAAUGGUAAAAUGAUGCCAGCAUUAUUUAUUUCCAAGUUUUCCUUUGACACAGACCAUUUGAACCCGAAUUUUUUUAAGCCGCAAGAUUUGAACAUAGAGCAAUAUGCACCCGCCUCAGCUGGUUUUCGUUCGGAACCUUGAAUAUGCAAAGCACAGCAGUGACUGAGCCUUGGAGCAACAGGACGAAAGCUUCAUUGUGCCACACGUGGCUUGGGUUUUUUGGUGAAAUUUGGAAUACGGUCUUCAAAUCUAAAACUUGAGAUGGAUUGUUCCACUCCCUUGGAAUUUAGCAAGACUUGCAUAAAUGUGUUCAAAGCAUACCUUCCACUCAGUCCCUGUUUUAAUACGGAAAUGUGAAGUGCCCAUCCUCUGCUGCCUCUGGCAAGACUUGAUGUUUACAAAUGUACUCUGAAACUGUCGGUUCUAGACUUAACCUUUGCGCAUGGCUGUGAAGGAACCACUAACUUGGGUUUUUUGCUUUUUUAAAAGAAAAAAGAUCAAAUCUGAGACUGCAGCUCUUGUUUCUUUGGAUGCCAGAAAAGCCUCCCAUUUGCCAUAAUUUUGUUUGUGCACUGGGAGCUGAGCAUUCAUCAUAGAGCACAGCCAAGCUUUACUCCAGUGCUAUAUGGGAAUGCAGUUUUUUAACGGCAACAAAACACUUCUGAAUCUGGGAAGGGCGGGGUGGGGGUGGGGGGGGAAGCGUCCGAACUGCAUUGCGAUUCUGCAGUGGGAACAUCGCAUGUUGUUCUCACUCUUGUACACUUGAACUGCACAUGCAAGAAAAAGGUGGAAUGUCUAAACACCAUAAUCAGCUCAGGGUAUUUGCCAAUCUGAAAUAAAGUGGGAUGGGAAGCGUGUCCUUCAGAACAAGGGUACAAAUGCCCCUUUCGCUGCAGCGUGUGUGUAUGUGUGGGUGUGUGAGUACGUUUGGGACGGGGAGGGCGGGAGGGCUCGGG